AACUGAAAAGAGGGGGUUCAUCAUUUGACUUACCUACCGGUAACAUCAUUUUCAAAAAGUGCCAAGCAAAACCCUCCCUUUUCUUCGAUUUUGGCGCAGGAAAACGCUAAUUUCUGCGUCCAAAAUCACCAUUCUCCUCAAUAGUUUUUGAAACUAUUAAUCCAAACGAAUAAAUUAAUUUAAUUACAGGGUUAAUCAAAAAGCUAGUGUCACUUUGGAGGCCGUUGUUUGAGCAUAUGCAACUUUCUUGUUUAUCCGAAGAUCGUAUAUUCAUAUCGAGCCAUUCAUCCAAGUAUUCGGUCAUGUAAUAGUGAAGAAUUUCAUAUUAUAAUUGGUGUAAUCAUGGGUUGUUUUUGUUCAACUUCUUCAAAAAAUUUUAAAAAACUGCCUUCUUUUGAUGCUGCCGAGCUUGCUGCCGAGACCCCUUUUACUGUUAAUGAGGUGGAAGCUUUAUAUGAGCUAUUUGGGAAACUAAGCAGUUCUAUGGAUGAUGAUGGGCUUAUAGGAAAGGAUGAGUUCCAUCUAGCUUUAUUCAGAAAUCACGAUAAGCGGAACUUGUUUGCAGAUCGAAUAUUUGAUCUUUUCGACGUGAAUAGGAGUGGGCAUAUUGACUUUAGCGAGUUUGUUCGUUCGCUGGGUGUGUUUCAUCCGAAAGCUCCUCAAGCGGACAAAGUUCUGUAUGCUUUCAAAUUGUAUGAUUUAAGGCGGACGGGCUUCAUUGAACGCGAGGAGCAGUUGAAGGAGAUGGUUUUGGCGCUUCUUCAUGAAUCUGAUCUUGAACUAUCGAACGAUAUAAUCGAAUCGAUGGUAGAUAAGACGUUCACUGAAGCAGAUAGUAAAGGUGAUGGUAGGAUCGACCAAGAAGAAUGGAGAGAAUAUGUAGACAAAAACCCGUCGUUAUUGAAGAACAUGACUCUUCCUCAUUUAAUGGACAUAACUUUGAGGUUUCCAAGCUUUGUGAUGAACAGUCAGGUAGAGGAGACGUACACGACAGGCUAAAACCGUCUUUUUCGUACGCGAUCGUGUAAAAAAUGUAUCCAAGUGUGAAAGAGCCUUCCUUCCUUACUUUUAUAGGAGCAGUUAAGAUAAAACUUGGUUCUGUUUCAUUAUUUUUGAUGCUUCUUUCAUCAGCUUUCAUGUGCCUAUUUCUAGUUUGGUACUUGGGGAGUUAAAUGUUAGCCACUACAUGAUGGACAGAAACAUGAAUAAAAAUGUUGAUUUUGGAAGCCUCUA